UAUCAUUCUGAAAUUUUUUUCGGAAAUAUCAAGUGGUAAGCUUAAGAAAAAAACUAAUGAAAAAUCCAACUGUUAGAUCAUAUGUUAGGUCAAAAGUGCCGCGGCUGCGAUGGAGUUCUGAUCUUCACAACUCUUUUGUUCAAGCCGUCGAACAACUUGGUGGAGAAAAUAGAGCAACUCCUAAAAUGGUUUUGCAGUUAAUGGAUGUGAAAGGGCUCACAAUAUCACAUGUGAAGAGUCAUCUCCAGAUGUAUAGGAGCAUGAAGCUGGAAGAAUCCAUGCAAGACGAGAUUUUAGCAAAGAGAAGUGUUAGAGUGACAGGACAAGUGACUUGGUGGCAAUUUCAACAGUACCUUCAUAACUAUCAACGCCUUCGAGGCAAUGCCAACUUUUUCCAAAAUCAACAAAGGAGAGAAGAGGAAAUGUUUGAAAAAAUAAUAACAUUCGGAGAAUCAAGUAAUGAAACUAAGGAAAUGUUCGAAGUACCAAGUGACUAUUUUACUUGCAAGUCUCUCUAUGAAUCUUCAAGGGUCCGACAUUAUAGAACUAGAGCUGAUAAUGACAGUGGUGAAUUUGUUGGUGCUGAUGAUGAUGACGGUAAUGUAGUUACUUUGUCACUUAACUCGAUAGAAGUUUCUAAAGGUGACGAAGAAUUGUCCCUUGAGCUCACUCUUAGUCUCAAAGCCUAAUAAGAACUCGA